AUGUCUAGAUCACAGGAUCGGAAGUGUUAUUACACCAGAUGGAGCGACCCAGUAUUGCGAAGGCGAUACUCGAUGCACUUGGUUCCAACUUCUGAAGAGGACACGUCUUCCGUUAGAAGAUCAAGGUCAUCAUCGCCACUCCUCAACACGUUGCAUGCGUCUGUCGCUCAACUGGAUCCACAGAUUGCAUGCUUGUCUUGUCGCAACCAUUAUAAAAAACAAAAAUCUUCAAAGAGUCACUUUUCGAAAUCGAAUGGUACGAGAGACGGAUCUCAGCGGAUGCGAGAGAGUCUGGAAAUACAGUUGGUCGGUAGCCAGGUGGAGGAAGCUUUGUCUAGCGAUAAGCAAACAGCGCUACUUGGACAUCUCGAACUUGCCACCGACGCUCUCGAGGCUCUGAUGCAGCACAUUAGCUCUUUGCAAGUGUCUCAUGUCUCGGCACAGCGAGUCUUUCACCUAGUGCAUCGGUUGAUCCUACCCCAAUCCUCCCCAAUGAUCAAUUGCAGAAACUCCGUUUCUGCCGAUUUAACAACUCGACUUAGGCAGGCCGAAUCUUGCAAGGAUAAUAAUCUGCGGUUACUCUGCGACGCGAUGGAGAUUUGCUCUAAAAAUAUAGGGGUAUCCAAACAGCUGCAGUCUCUUAUAGACGAUCAUAAAAUGAAGAAGAAAGACUUUGCCGUCGCUGCUAGAAACUUUAAAAAUUUGUUGGACAAUUCUAAACUGACUCUGUCUCAAAUGGACAAGCUUCAAUGGCAAUACCAAGCCAUAAUGGACGAUUAUAAACAAAAUAGGAGAAUUUUGGAGUCGCAGCUACCCAGCAUUAUCAAGAUUCGUCUCGGUGCUAUCGUACAAGGUUUCUCUACGAUAGCUGCAUUCUACGAAGACACGGAGUACUUCAAACAGGUUUCAGAAUUGCUGAAAAUACUAGGUGAAACGCUGUGCCAGGAUGAGUCUGCCACAGAUAAUCAUCAUAAAUAUGCGAAAUCUCAAGUUCAAGAAAUGUGUCAAAAGUGUAAGGUAAACAGGGUGGAGAAGAAAUAAUUGUAUUUGCUUUCGUCAAUUCCAUUAGGAAUUUAAGAGGUAGAAAUUAUAGACAGCACGAAGCCUUAUAUAUUUAGUCUCAAAUCCUCUUAAUACAAUGCCAAGGGCUUUGCUGGCCUCCGGUGGAAUAAUAUAUGGGGAACUUGAUUUGACCGAUUAUAAUAGCGAAAAUAUCCACGCGAUAGGUAAACAUACAUACAAUCUACAUUGGUAUAUUAUUUAUGUUUUCAAUCCGCGAUUGCAUAUGUUACGAUGAAACGUACGUAAAUAAUAAUUAGCAUCAAAUUUAUGUUUCAAUUUAGCAACAAGCAUUUAUUUUCGCUAAUUUUCUACCGUUUGACAAUAAUCAUACAAGCGACGAAAUCAUACAAUUUUUUAAUACAGCUUACACAUCGAUGUAUAGGUAUCAUUAAAUACUUGUAAC